UUCCAAAUUCAGGAAUAACAAUCACCCGGUAUGGUAUGGUAUACCUUUCUUCAUCUUUCUUUAUAAACUCUCCCUCUCUCGCUUCAAAAUCUCUCUUUCUCUCAGGUUGCAAAUCUAGCAUAUCUACUACGUUAUUCUUGUUUAAACAAUUUAUCAAGAUUGUGAUCGCUAAAUCACAUAGAAGCAUCGCCAAAGAAUAAAUCAACCGAUAAAUACGCAGGUCUGAUACUAUUUUGGAGCUUGCCAUUCAAAGCUUUGUUCUCAUGAAUGCGAAGAAUGCAAUAUUUGCUUCGGAAGUUGCUUUAAGAAUUGAAUCUCUGUCGGGAAAGUGACCUAUUGAAUUAAAGUUCUAUUCCAGAAUGGGGACCAUACACCGUAGUGGAGUUUUUAGGAAAUCAAACGAUGGCGCCAGGCUAGUAAUCACGACGAUUAUAGGAGUCGUAUUUGGAUUUUUUAUAGGUGCUUCGAUUCCGUCUGUAUCUCUAAAUAAGAUUAACUUACCUCCAAGCCUUAUGUCGUCUCUUGAUGUAGCCAUGACUGACAUUCAUAGAUCCACUAGAAGUGAAUCUGUUGAAAGUGUUGGAUCCAGCAAUGUUCCGAAGAUAUAUGUUCCAACAAAUCCUCGUGGAGCAGAGUCAUUACCUCCAGGAAUUGUUGUAUCACAAUCUGAGCUUUAUUUACGCAGACUAUGGGGUGAACCCAGUGAGGAUCUGAAGAAAAAGCCAAAAUACUUGGUGACAUUCACUGUUGGUCUUGAUCAGAGAAACAAUAUUAAUGCAGCAGUUAAAAAGUUUUCUGAGGAUUUCAUGAUUCUGCUUUUUCACUAUGAUGGUCGGACAAGUGAAUGGGAUCAAUUUGAGUGGUCCAAGAGUGCAAUCCACAUUAGUGUGAAGAAACAAACAAAAUGGUGGUAUGUAAAAAGGUUUUUGCAUCCUGAUAUUGUAGCGGAUUUUGAAUAUAUUUUUAUAUGGGAUGAAGAUCUUGGAGUAGAUCACUUCAAUGGAGAUAAGUACAUCGAGUUGGUUAAGAAGCACGGUUUGGAGAUCUCUCAACCUGGUCUUGAGCCCAAUAACGGACUAACAUGGGAAAUGACAAAGAGGAGAGGUGACAGAGAAGUUCACAUGGCUACAGAUGAGAAGCCAGGCUGGUGUAGAGACCCACAUUUGCCUCCUUGUGCUGCAUUUGUAGAAAUUAUGGCCCCAGUCUUUUCUCGGGAAGCUUGGCGUUGUGUGUGGCAUUUGAUUCAGAAUGAUUUGGUGCAUGGAUGGGGAUUGGAUUUUGCUCUCAGAAGAUGUGUAGAGCCUGCACAUGAAAAAAUUGGCGUGGUCGAUUCGCAGUGGAUUGUUCAUCAAGUAAUACCUUCUCUUGGGAGCCAGGGCAAGUCCGAGAAUGGGAAAGCUCCAUGGGAAGGGGUGAGAGCAAGGUGUAAAAAUGAGUGGACUGAGUUCCGGGCUCGCCUCACCAAUGCAGAUAAGGCAUAUCUUGCUCAAAUUGGGAAGGAGAAACGUUGACAACCUCUUUUUUUUCUUCAUUUUUUAUUUAUUUUUAUUUUAUUUUUUUUGUUCUUGUACAUGAUUCUCUUAUGCUUUGGGUGGUGUUUAUUAGCUCAAUUCUUCAUGCCUUUUUUUAAAAUGAUUUUUUACUCAAGCUGGGCGGCUCGUUAUUGUGAGCCACAUCUCUCCUGUAUCUUGCUUGUACACAGCCGCAGUUAUAAAAGAGAAGAAAAUGUUACCGUCUUGUCUUCCAGGACGGGUUUG